AUGAAGAUAGUCUCUAACGAUGGCCAAGAAUUCGACAUUGAUAGUGAUAUAGCAAAACAAUCUACAAUGCUCAAAAUGUUUUUCGAUGAUGAGUGUUUGAAUUCAAUCAUAGAAUGUUCUGAUGGACCCAUUCCAUUACCGAAUGUCAAAGGUUCUCUCCAAAAACCAAUAAGUUUAAAAUCAUUGAAUAAAUGUGGUUAUGAUGCAUGCACUUUGGGUGAUGCAACAAAACUCAAUGUUCAUCUUGUUCCACAUUCACAUGAUGAUGUUGGAUUUGUUAAAACAUUAGAUGAAUAUUAUUAUGGAUCUCGAAGUGAUCUUCAACAUGCUGGUGUUCAAUAUAUUCUUGAUUCAGUUGUUCUUGCAUUAGAUGAAAAUCCUGAUCGACGAUUUAUCUAUGUUGAAAUAGCUUUCUUUUAUCGUUGGUGGCUUCAACAAACAGAUGAAAUUCGUAAUAAAGUUAAAGAUUUUGUCAAUUCAGGUCGUCUUGAAUUUAUUUCUGGUGGUUGGUGUAUGAAUGAUGAAGGAACAACACAUUAUAAUUCAAUUAUUGAUCAACAUAGUUUAGGUCUUGAAUUUCUAAAUGAUCAAUUUGGUGAAUGUGGUCGACCAAAAAUUGGUUGGCAAAUCGAUCCGUUUGGCCAUUCACGUGAACAAGCUUCUCUUCUUGCACAGAUGGGUUUUGAUGGUUUAUUCUUUGGUCGUGCUGAUUAUCAAGAUCUACAAAAGCGUAAUACAACAAAAUCAAUGGAAAUGAUUUGGAAAGCAAGUGCUAAUUUAGAUCGUCAAAGUUGGUUAUUUACUGGUAUUUUACCUCGAAGAUAUUCAACUCCAGCAACAUUCUCGUUUGAUUUUAUCGCACCAGAUGAUCCUAUCAUAGAUAAUAUAAACUUACCUGAUUAUAAUGUACCAGAACGUGUUCAAACAUUUAUUCAAACAGCUCAAAAUGAGUCAAUGGAAUAUGCAACUAAUCAUAUUAUAAUGACAUUUGGUGGUGAUUUUCAAUAUCAAAAUGCAUUGGCAAAUUAUAAAAAUUUAGAUAAAUUAAUUAAAUAUGUCAAUGAUCAGCAAAUAAAUGGUAGUAAUGUAAAUGUUUUCUAUUCGACUCCAUCGUGUUAUUUAUAUGCAUUAAAUAAAGUUAAUCGUAGCUGGAUAACAAAAACGGAUGAUUUUUUUCCACAUGCACAUCAUCCACAUGGAUUUUGGACAGGAUAUUUUACAUCACGACCAGCUUUAAAACGUUUUGAACGUUAUUCAAAUAAUAUUUUACAAGUCAUACGACAAUUAAAUACAUUUUCUAAUAGUCAAUUACGAAAUCAAAUCUUCAGUUUAAGUGAAGCAAUGGCGAUUGCUCAACAUCAUGAUGCAGUUAGUGGAACAGAAAAACAACAUGUUGCAAAUGAUUAUGCACAACGAUUAUCCAUUGGAAUUGAUGCAGCACUUAAUGUAAUUAAUACAGCUUAUUCAAAACUAUUGAUAAAAGAUAAUCAAUCAACAACAACAGAAAUUCAACAAUUUCUUUGUCAAUUAACUAAUAUAAGUGAAUGUUUACCAAUUGAAAAUGCAAAACAAUUCACAGUAAUACUUUGGAAUCCAAUAAUUCAUCCAGUUGUUGGUUAUUUACGUGUGCCUGUUACAAGAUCUUAUACAGUUCGUGAUUCAAGUGGGCAAAUUCGUUCUGAGUUAGUUCCAGUUUCAAAUUCAACGAAAACAAUACCUGGUCGAAUGAGUAAUGCAACGAAUCAACUGAUUUUCAAAUAUAAUUUACCAGCAUUGGGUUUUAAUACAUAUUACUUUGAAGCGAAUGAAGAAGAAGAAGAAAAAUUCGAAAUAACUAAAAAUGAAAUAUGUAUUUUACAAAAUCAAAAUUUUCGAAUUGAAAUUGAUGAACAAGGAAAUCUAAAACGUAUUAUAAAUCUUCAAAAGAAUAUUAAUAUUACAUUUCUUAAUCAAGGCUUCUAUUGGUAUCAAAGUUAUUCUGGUAAUAAUUCUCAAUUUGAUUUUCAAGCAUCAGGUGCCUAUAUCUUUCGACCAUUAACACAAGAUGCAAAACCAAUAUCUACAAAACGUUCAUUAAAAUGUAUUAAAAGUGAACUUGUUCAAACAGCAAUUAUUAUUUUUAAUGAAUGGAUUAGUCAAGAAAUUAAUCUUUAUGAUGAAGGAGAAGAUAUUGAAAUUGAAUGGACAGUAGGUCCGAUUCCAAUUGAAGAUAAUCUUGGAAAAGAAAUUAUUCUUCGAUAUGAUACAGAUAUUAAAAGUCAAUCAAAAUAUUAUACAGAUGCAAAUGGACGAGAAGUUCUUCAACGAAUAAGAAAUUAUCGGCCAACAUAUAAUUAUACAAUUACGGAACCAGUUAGUGGAAAUUAUUAUCCAGUCAAUUCUCGUAUUUGGAUUAAUGAAACAAAUCGACAAUUUACUAUUCUUACUGAUCGUUCGGAAGGUGGUGCAAGUCUUAUUGAUGGUUCAAUUGAAUUAAUGAUACAUCGACGUUUACUUUAUGAUGAUAAUUUGGGUGUUGGUGAAGCAUUGAAUGAAUCUGCAUUUGGUCAAGGUCUGGUUGUUCGUGGAAAACAUUUUCUUAAUAUUGAUUUACCUCAAACAAGUGCCCUUUAUCAUCGUAUUCAUUCACAAGAAUUAUUCAUGUCUCCACUUGUAACAUAUGCAUUAAUUAAUUCAUCUUAUAUGAAUUAUUCAAAUUUAUAUCGUCAAACAUGGUCUGCAUUAAGCGAUAUAUUACCUUCGAAUAUUCAUUUAUUAACAUUAGAUCGACUAAAUGAAAAACAAUAUCUUAUUCGUCUUGAACAUUAUUUUGAAUUAAAUGAAGAUGAAAAAUAUUCAUAUCCAACUAAAAUUAAUUUACAAUCAAUAUUUAAAUCAAUUGGAAUAAUUGAGAAAAUAUUAGAAUUAACAUUAGAUGCUAAUUUAGAAUUAUCUCAAAUGAAUAGACUUCAUUGGUUAACUGAUAAUGAUGAACUAUUACUACAAACGAAUGAUUCUACGAAACAACAUUCAUUGGUUGAUACAAACAUUAUUUUAAAUCCAAUGCAAAUUCGAACAUUCCGCAUAACAAUCGUAUAA